AUGCGACUCGAUUGUUUCUUCCGCAUUCCGGGUCCCCGACCGAGCACCAACUACAUGUCCCAUCAACAAAUAUUAACCAAUAUUUGAUUGCAAGUGUUCAGGGACCGAAACGCAUUCACAUAUCCGUGUCUAAUGAGUAGGUUAAACUAGGAGAUAACCGAUGAAACAUCACCCGGGCAGCUUUCAACCGAUCACACCCGAAACCAAUUUCUGGACGUCAUACAGGAGCACAACGUUGUUUUUGUUGUAGCGCCGCCAUGGAUCAUUCCGGGCUGUUGUGCGACACCGAACGGCCGCGUCACCGGCCAUUUCUGAUCGGGGUGAGCGGAGGAACCGCCAGUGGGAAGUCUACAGUAUGUGCCAAAAUCAUGGAGCUACUGGGUCAAAACAUGGUGGAUCACUGCCAGCGUAAGGUCACCAUCGUCAGUCAGGACAGUUUCUAUCGGAUUCUUACUCCAGAACAGAAAGCAAAAGCUUUGAAGGGCCAGUACAACUUUGACCAUCCAGAUGCGUUUGAUACGGAGUUAAUGUGCCAGACUCUGAAGGACAUCGUAGAAGAAAAAGUGGUGGAGGUUCCCACAUAUGACUUUGUCACCCAUUCCAGGAUGGAGGAGAAAAUUCGUGUUUACCCCGCUGAUGUGGUGCUGUUUGAGGGAAUUCUGGUGUUUUACACACAGGAGGUCAGAGAUAUGUUUCACAUGAAGCUGUUUGUCGACACGGAUUCAGAUGUGCGUCUGUCUCGCAGAGUUCUGCGUGACAUGAGAAGAGGUCGAGAUCUUGAACAGAUUCUCACACAAUACACAACUUUUGUUAAACCUGCCUUUGAAGAAUUCUGCCUUCCGACCAAGAAAUAUGCAGAUGUCAUAAUACCUCGAGGAGUUGACAACAUGGUGGCAAUAAAUCUGAUUGUUCAGCAUAUUCAGGACAUUCUGAGUGGAGACAUAUGCAAAUGGCAGAGGAGCUCUCCGAAUGGACACACCAAUGGGCGUGCUCAAAAGAGGGGCGUGGCUGAACCCGACGAGAAAUCUAGCGGAGGAAAUCUUCCUACGAAACGACUCCUCCUGGAGCCCAGUUCACGGCCCCAUUAACACACACUCAUGGCUGAAACUUGACAGUUUUUUUCUGCAUGCUUCCAAAACACAUCAUCUCUGUCUUACCAGGUUACCUUUUCAGACUACAAGUGACUUUUUUGCUGCUUAUUUCUGUCACCUGACCUGUAAUCGUGUAUUUGUCAAAGGUGACGACAGCUGUUCUUUAAAUGUAAAAUAUUUAAAAGGUUUGUAAGGCGGAGCUCAGAGGAGCAACAAUAAUGUACGGUAUGAAAAUAAUAAGGUUUACGGCGUAAACGCAUUGCAUUACACCAAAUAAUAUAAACCAUUUAAUAUUAUCUCUUGUUGCUAUUAUUAAAUUAACAUGGUAUUCACAUAUUAACAUCUACUGAAUCUGUACCCAUGUUACUCACUGUAAACUCACGUGGCACAUAAACUAACACAGACAAACUCAUCUCAUAGGAUUAUAAUACCAGGUUUUGUAGCAAUAGCAGAAAAGGCAAGUCAAAUAAUUGUAUUAUUAAAUGAAUAAUUCACCAAAAAUGAAUUUAAGCCCAUAUUUAACUCCAUCAUAGGUGUAUAGGACUGUUAGUCCAACACAGAGCCAGGUUAAAUAAUAUCCUGGCCCUUUUUUUAAGCUUUAUAACGGCAUUGGAUAGUGCCCCAAACACUUAGGAUCGCUUGAGGGCGAAUACACUUUGGGCUAAUUUUCAUUUUGGGGUGAACUAUUCCUUUAAGAGUAUUUUAACUCUUUCCCCGCCAGCCUUUUUAAAAAUAGUUUCCCGCCAGCUUUUUUUGUGAUUUUCAAAAAAUGCCUUCCAGGAAAAUCUUUUUCUAUAAUUAUAUUAACAUACAAAUAUGUCUAAUGAAACAAAACCGCUUUCAAACAAACGGAAAAAAGACGUUUCAUCCUAUUUUCAUUUGUUCUAUUUUUAUAACCUCUUAAAGGUGCAGUGUGUAAUUUUAAGAAGGAUCUCUUGACAGAAAUGCAAAAUAAUAUACAUAACUAUAUAAUAUAUAAAACUAUAAUUCAUAAUGAACCCUUAUCUGUUUAUUACCUUAGAACGAGAACUUUUUAUCUUCAUACACAGACGUUCCCCUUCAUGGAAGUCGCCAUUUUGUGCCACCAUUUUUCUACAGAAGCCUUUAACGGACAAUUUUUUUACUAAGUUGUCUCCGACGAUGACAUGUUUGUCUGGUGGUGGCUACUGUUGCUUCUCUGUGUUUUUUAAAAGCGAGGGGUGAGCACUGAACUUAAGCCGUUGGUUGCAAUUCGCAACCUCACCACUAGAUGCCGCUAACAUUUACACACUGCACCUUUAAAUAUGGGUAGGAUUUUUUCAAAAAUACCAAAGCAAAAGCUGAUAAAAUAGCAUUUUUAUAAAGGAAUUUUGUUAGAGAUCAGAUUCAAAGCGGUGAUCAAAACAUACAAAUGUUAAAAUGUUGUAAAAUUAGUUUGUGCUUCCGUUUUUUACAAAUUGGGUAAAAACAUGUCAGGGAAGUCGUUGGCAGGGAAAUGUUUUCUCUUAAAUUAUAACUCGUCAAUGGCGGGGAAAGAGUUAAGGACACAUGGGGCGGUUUCCCGGACAGGGAUUAGACUAGUCUGACUAAAAUAAGAGUUGUCCAAACUGAAAACAACUAGUACUGACAUAUCUUAAAAUACGUCGGCGCCACAAGUGAUGUUUUUAGUAAGACAUGUUUGUUAUAUUUUCUAAUUUAACUGCUAAUCUCUGUUCGGGAAACCACCCCAUGGUGUUUUGUGUCUACAUUGUUUUGUCAAAUUAAAGAAAAUGAGUAUUGCUAAUUAUAGUAAUUCAUAACUAAUUAUUUAACAUUGAACAUAUAAAUUGUUUUAUUGUACAUGUUCCAUUGUUUAAGUUAUAAAAACAUGAAAUAUCCUGUCUGAAAUUGUUUGUCCCUAAAUGUGAAUAUUUAUAAAUAUUUUUCAUUUGAAAUCAGUUGCGCAUUUUGCCAUGUACACAUUUUUUUUAAAUAUUAAAGAAAACAUGAUGUGCUGUCUCUGAUUUGCAUCAGAUGAUUUUGUGUGAUCAAAUAAAAAUUAAAAAAAACUAA